AUGGCCACUGUCGAUCGUAGGGCCAUAGUUGUUGGCAUCAGCGGCUGCUCGUCCAGCGGCAAGACGACGCUGGCAAGGCUGCUCCGCGAUGUCUUCCCAAACUCGUUUAUUCUCCACGAAGACGACUUCUACAAGAAUGACAAGGACAUUCCCAUAUCAGUCGAUGGUCUUGCCGACUGGGACUGUGCAGAGGCACUCUCACUCCCCGACAUGGAAAAGGCGCUCCUCCACAUCCGCACGCAGGGUACUCUGCCGCCCUCUCUUUUCUCUAAGGAAGACCAGAACUCUGUCGGCAACUGCCCUGUUCCCGAUGCUGCAAUUGAGGCGCAGAAGGCCAAAGUCCAAGCCUGGCUCCAACCGGGCCAGCCAGGCAACAAGCUCGUAAGGGGCGGCGGAGGCGGCAACACACUACGGAUUUGCUUUUUCGAUGGCUUCCUGUUGUAUUCAGAGAAAACACGCGCGUCCAUGGAGCUGAUCGACGUGCGUCUGUUCCUACGGGUGAGCCACGCAAAGGCGACGCAGCGUCGUGAGGCGCGGGACGGCUACGUGACCCUCGAGGGCUUCUGGAAGGACCCGCCAGGUUACGUUGACAAAAUUGUAUGGCCUAACUAUGUCGAGGCGCAUAAGUGGCUGUUUGACAAUGGCGAUGUGGAAGGCACCCCGAACAAAGCAACGCUUGAGGCAAACGGCAUUUUGACCCAGCUGGACAAGGGCAUCGACAUCGAUAUGUUAACGACGCUGGAGUGGGCUGUGGACACACUGAUACGCGAGCUGGAGAACAAGUACUUGUGA